ACCGUCACGUUGUCGAACGAAACAGACCCUUCUGUGAUUGAUUGGCGGAGCGCCGCUGAGAGCCGUAUUUCAUUUACCCAGGGACGGGGUAUUCAGCUCACACGGUCUCCGCCAGCACAGCAAUUCUAUAAAAUAUCUCUUCAACUCCUUUCAUAAUCGGAACCCUCAGCACUCCUCAAGCCAAACUGACAUUUCCAAUAUGGCCAUUAGCGAUGUUGGCGCCCCUGCUGCAGCAUCAGGCUCGACUGGGAACAGCAUUGUUAUCAACCUCGCAGAGGAAGACAUGGCGGAGAACCAUGAUCUAACUCCCGAACCAAUCCAGCCACAGACACCCGAUUUGGCGACCAAUGUGGACGAGAUUCGAGCAGCCCUGGUCGCAAUAGCCCGCCAUCUAGGCGUUGAAGUGCCUCGAGUAACAACUCCCGCCGUAAGGGUCGACACACCAAGGCCUAGCGAUGAUGCAUACGACGAGGAAGCGGUCGUUGAUCUCCAACUUAGGGAGGUACCUUCAAAGGCGCCUCCAAAUAUCAAAGUCCAACAACUUACCGGAGAAUACUAUGUUCGGCGACGCGGCAGAGGCCUACCACCCAACUGGUCGGUAGCCGUAGGGAGCGAAGAAUCCCUUGAUCCAUCACCUGGUCACCAACACGCGUUUGCCUGGGAUCUCCCUCACGGAGAUAGGAGUCUCGCCUUCAAUUCCGUGACGCUGUGGGAGCUUGGGUAUGAUUCACAGGGCUAUGUAGACUUCAAGCGUCUUUGCCGACGACCGAAAUUGGUCGAACAUAUUUUUGUCACGGCCGAGGGCGCCAGGCUCGAUCCUCCCUGGGAAGAACAGAGAUUUGGCAAAGAAUGGUUCAUUCGCUGUGGACUGGAACUGGACCCUGGGCAGCUUGGAAUUGUUAACUCGCAGGCUAUCGAGUAUAGCCAGCUCUCUCGCCCAUGUUAUUCUCUUCUCGAUCGUUUCGUAAAGGCUAUGGUCCUUGGCCCCAAAGGGGCACGCGUGGAUUUUUGCGAACGACGGUAAGUUUGAUUACCAUAUGCGCUUCCUUACGAUCAACGCAAGGGGGAUGAAGGAGGCGACGGAUUAUAGUUCGCUCUUGCGGUUGGACAGAGUGAGAGGCGAGCUUC